UCAACCAGAAAUUAGGAAAUUUUAUCGAAGUGUUAAAACAUUUUAUUUAUUUAUAUGCAAACACAAAAAAGUUUUCGGCCUCCAGAAAUCUUUCAAUUGACACGCUCGAUCAAUUUAUCGAAAUUAAUGUGAUAUUAGUAUAAUUAAUUGUGUGAUAAGACGAAAAUACGACGGUCUAUCUAAGUGAAUUUGAUGAUUCUAGUACGCGCUUAUCAAUUUGACACAAAGCAGUGUCGAACACGAUUCUUAACAAGUGAUUAAUUAAUGUCAUUUCCUCUGUUAUUUUAUACAAGUGUGAUUAGACAUUAAUUGUAUCGAGUUUCUUUAACCAUGAGUGCACAAAAUCAGUUGCCCAAUCUUGAUAAAAUUUUCCGAGAUGACGAUGAACCCGAUUUUGUACCUUCGGGAGGAUCUAAUUUGGCUGCUAUCUUUGGACUACAACCAAAGGCUGCAGAUUCUUACGUUACUAAGCAAACAGCUUCUAAGAAGAAUAACACUCGAUAUAAUAUACAACAAACUGUACCACUACCUUCUAAGACAGAAGUUUUGAUAGCUAAAGCUAUACAUGCCUACAAAUUGCAAAAAGGUCAAUAUGUUUCUGUGGGAAAGCUCGGUAUAGCGUUAACAGGCAAUGUAACAACGAGAAUAUAUGAGAUAAUUUUAUAUAAGAGCAAACAAGAAUAUAUAUCUGUUGCUACAGUAAAGCGUGACUUUGUGUAUACUGUACAAGCGAAUAAUUACGCCAGUUAUUACGACAAUAACAAAGAGAAUUGGUCGAUCUUAUUUGAAAAUAACGAAAGUUACCUCGAGUUCGUGACAGAAGUAGGAUUGUCGCGUUACUUUGCAGUGCAAGAGAAAGGAGAGGAUGUGAUUUACCAAGACUUGAUGCUAAGUGAUAAAAAUGCAGUUGCGAAAGAAGGAGACAAUAUAUGCAUGAAAUAUUUCGUGACAACUGAGAUAGUACAACCAUUUAAGACAAACUUUGUAAUAUCGCAAACGAUGACGGUCGAGAUAUCGACGGACAAUAAUUGGGAGAGAAGUCUUCUAGGUAGCACCAAGGGACUGAAGAGAGUUUUAUUUUUACCUCCUAACAAACAGAUUAGCUUAGGUCCUGGAUUUCCUAAAGAGAGAGAUGUUAUGCUGAUGAUAGAGAUAACUGAUAUACGAGCGCCGGAAGAUGAUUCGUCGGUACCUAAGGUUUCGAGCAGCGGAAAAGCUUCCAUAAUUUCGAGAAUGGCUAAGAUGGGUCAGUCUAUUUUACCAAAAAUGCAUCCCUCCACUACGGACUCGGAAGACACCGAGGAUGAUGUACCUCAGAAGUCUCCUCGUCACAAGAAGGUCGACCAAGCGGAAGUAAUCUCGCAGAAGAAGAAUCUGCCACACGAGCCGACGGAAGAAAAGAAAACCGCUCAAAGAGUAAUGGAACCGAAAGCAGAAGUGCCUUCGAUAGAUUCUAGUAAUUAUAAGCCAUUAGUUGCUGCACCUCCACUGACUUCGCCAUGGGCACCAUACCUUCCCGGACAUUAUAUCGCAAUGGACAAUCAGAUGUAUCCUGUGCCGCAGACUGUAAAUCGUACAGUACCGGCCGCUCUAGAUCCUGGGAUAAACAUGUUGCUAUCGGAAAAUCGAAUAACAAACGCGGAAAUACGAAUGGGAAUGUCCAAGAUAUCCGACAAUGUUCAAAAACUGCUGGAUAAGUUUCAUGCACUUGAGCUUCAAAAUGCAACAACACCUACGAGCGACAAAGCAACGUUGGAUGCUUCUUGGAAAAUGCUUUUAGCUCUCAGUGCAUCUCGAGCAGGAGCAAAUGACAAUGAAUUGCCAAAAGACACUGAUAAAGAUAUAGCUGACGAAAAAAUUCGAGAAAUACAGAAUAGAAUGAGCGUUCUGGAAAAUGAUUUGAAAAAGUCCAAAGAGGAAAAAGAGUUGUUAUUGCAAGCUAAUGAAAACUUGAACAAAAAGGUUCAAGAAUUGGAGACAAGAUUAGCCGAUACAUACGAUGAUUUGAAGAAAACCAAAGAAGACUUGGAAAAAGCUCAAGAUAUUAUUAAACAGUAUAAAGAAGAGAAUGUUAAUUUAGCAGAUAAACUUUCCAAGUGUAACAAAGAGAACGUUCUUCAAGCUGAUGCAGCAUCUUCCAGGCAGAUAGAUACCGAGAAUAAAAACAAAGAAAUUAAGCAAAUAAUGAACAAAACGUAUCACACGUUAUUAGAAAAACUUGCGGAUGAAUCGCAUACUGAUCUGUCUUUUGAUUAUGUGAAGUCCAUUAUUGCAAAUACAAUAAAGUAUAUCACUUUGCAAGUACUCAAUGAAGGGCCUGGCAAAGAUGAUAAAGAAUCUGAAGCAUGUAAGACUGUAAAUCCCACAGUUUCUAAAACUGUCGGAGAACAUUCUCAGAGAGCAGUAUUAAACGCUGAGAGUAGCGACGAUAUCUCGGCAAAACCCGUGGAAACUUCAAGAUCUACUAACGCGUCGACUUUUAAAAUCAUGCCUGUCUUUGAAAAUGAACCGCCCCCCGUUCCACUUGGUGGCAUCGAUGAAAUUGACAGUGACUGAUCGAUUGGUUCUGAUACAAGUAUAGAUUUUUUUUAACUUGUCAUAUGUGUCUAAUAUAUUGCAUAUUUCGUAAUGUCGUGUUAUAUUCCUGACAAGUUUGCAUACUGCAGUUCUUUGUGUAUAAGUCAAAUAUUAAUAAAAGAUAUUUUUAUUAUAAAUUGUA